UUCCAGGACAUCCGGGACUGCCCGGGGCCGCUCAGCGCCCUCACGGAGCUCAACGCCGCCGUGAAGGAGAAGUUCCGCCACCUCCGCGGCCGCAUCCAGGAGCUCGAACAGAUGGCGAAGGAGCAAGAUAAAGAGUCGGAGAAACAAGCCUUACUGCGGGAAGUGGAAAACCAUAAGAAACAAAUGCUCAGCAAUCAGGCAGCUUGGAGAAAGGCAAAUCUAGCUUGCAAAAUUGCUAUCGACAAUGCUGAGAAAGAUCAACUGCUGCAGGGAAGAGACUCGUUAAGGCAAAGGAAGACUACAAAGGAAAGUCUGGCAGAGAGUGCAAGUAACAUCACGGAGAGUCUGAUGGGCAUUAGCAGGAUGAUGUCACAGCAAGUCCAGCAGAGUGAGGAGACCGUGCAAACCCUAGCCAAUUCUUCACGAACCAUCCUGGAAGCAAAUGAAGAAUUUAAGUCCAUGUCUGGGACAAUUCAGUUGGGGCGAAAGCUGAUAACAAAGUACAAUCGCAGGGAACUGACGGACAAGCUGCUAAUCUUUCUCGCCCUUGCCUUAUUCCUGGCCACGGUGCUCUAUAUUUUGAAAAAAAGACUCUUUCCGUUUUUGUAAAAUUCCAAAGCUAAACUGAACUAUUAUGAAAGACCAGAAAGAGAUAACGUAAUAAUGGUAAGGCUUUUAAAUGAAGUAAUAAAGGGAUAUUGCAAUAGCUGAAAGAACGUUAGAGGAGGCACGACCUUAUACUGUCCUCAUGGAGCGUGCAACCUGCUUAAGAGCUUAAAUGA